UGGGAAGCGUUGAGCACAUGACAGGAAGCCAAUCGACCCAGGCCACAGCAGCCAAAGAUACUAGAGGAGCACCUCUUGUAUCUUUGACAGCAGCGGGCGUGGCGAAGAGCUAGGAGCUUUGUGGAAAGACGCGCAUUCACACGGCAGACAGUGGGGUCUGCGAGUCCCUUCCUCUUCAAGCCUGCCGGAUCAGAACUGCAACUACAAACCACCCGCAACGCCCGAGGUGAAUACGUCAGAUGCCAUGGCAGCUGAAGAGGCUCAGGCCCUGGUGAAAGUCAACAGUAUGAUGAUGCUGGGCGCAGCGGAGGAAGUCAGGAAGGACCUGGAGUUGAUCAUGAAGCCCUACGCCAACUGGGAAGAGUUCCUGACACCCGGGCCCAUCUCCAUAGCCAUACUGGGCGAGCUGAUCUUCAUAUCAGCAGCAGACGCCUUCCAGGUGAAACUCAAUCCAACAGGGAGCCCCGUACGGUUCCUGCGGCAUCCGGGAUCCUUUCAUGCCUGCCUGAUGCAGGUGAGCGACCAGGGCUGGAAGGCCUUCAACAAGGCCCACAAGAACAUGGACCAGAUACGCCUCUAUACCCAGAUGGCCCCCAAGCACCUGGCCAGCGCCGUGCAGGUUCUGAGCCGUGAGCCCAAGGUAGUCAAAGCCAUGCUGCCCAGUCGGCUGAACAGCCUGAAAAAAGUGGCGGAGCAGUGCCAAGCGCUGGCCGAGUCUGUGGAAGGGGAGUUUGCCUUGCUCAUUGACUUGGUACAAGAAUUGCUGGAGGUGUGCGCCAGCUCCCGGACUGAGUACAGCGACCAGAUGGAAGAAGUCAAGCGAACACUGACGGAGUCACAGCUUAAGAAGACGACAAUGGAGAAGGAGAAGAAGAGGGUGGAGGCUCAGGUCACCGAGACCUACGCCAGGAUGGAGGAGGUGCGCUACUCCUACCAGAAGGCGGUUAAGAUGAUCCCCAGUGGAAAGAACCUGGUGGGAGUUUAUGUGACACAGUCUUUGCUGGACCUCACUAACAGCUUGGCCACGGAGUUGGUGGCAAUGGGCAUGACGGAACCCAUCAGCUUGGCCCUCGAGAUCACCGAUGCAACCACGCAGCACUUCAAGAAGAAGAUCCAGAACAAGAAGUCGGCAGGCUCUGUGGACCCUAAGGCCGAUAGGGCCAAGCCUGUGAGCUCGGCCAAUGUCUGUGUGAAAGCCCUGGAGAUGGUGGUGGCCAGUACACUGCUCCAGGACCUGGUGUCAGACGGUGGGACCGUCAACCCCAGCCAGCUGGGCACCAGCUCGUCCAACUACAAGUCCAUGUUCCUGAGUAGCCAGAAGCAGGUUGAGCAGGAGGAGGAUAGUGAUGCCAAGAAUGCCACCUUGGAGCUGUGCCACAGUGGCAUCGCUGUGUGUGAGCAGCUGGAGGAGAUCGGUGAGAAACCCAGUGAUGCCCAAUUGCAAAACCUUGCCUCUGCCAUUAAUGAGCAGACCCGCAAGUUUCAGGAGUACAUGUCAGACAUUAGAAAGUCCAGCAACACCCCAGCCAUUGCUCUGCAGCCACCAAAUCUGACCAGUGUCUCCAAGGAGGAGAAGGUGCAGGAAGGGCUGUCAAAAAUGGUCUUGGAUCAAGCCUGCUUCAGAGUGGAGCAUGCAAAGUGCCAACUGGACACCAGUAGAGAGAACUACCAGAAAAUAACCGAGACCAAGGAGAAGAUGACCAAGGACCUCGAAGAUGUCUUGCUGACUAUGAUGAGAUGUCAGGUGAAGGAGAUAGACUACAACACUACCCUUAAGCUGCUGGUGACAGGUCUGGGUGCUCUGAGCCAGGUCAAGGAGCAGUGGGCUAAAAUGAGCAACUUCUUCCAGAUGAUGUCCAACCUGAUUAAAGUCUCUCUCAAUGACACCAUCACCCAGUUUACCAGCGACAGUGAAGGCUGCGAACUCAUCCCUGGCUAUUCCCAGGACUCGUUUAUCAAGGAUAUGAUCUACACCGAGGCUUUUCAGGCUUGUAGUGUUGCAAACCUCUGCCACCUGAUCUCUGGGACCUACGUGGAGGUUUCCCAGAAGCACCUGAGGGACCAAGUCACCAGUCUGGAAACUUACAUCAACCUGAGUCCCUCGGAUCCCAUGUUUAAUGUAAAGCGCAGCAAUCUCCAAGAAAGUUACACAGUCGCUAUGGAGGCCAUCAAGGAGCUGGUCCUUAAAAACAAGGCGGAGUUCGAGGGCCAAAUUCAACAGAGAAUCGAACGCAUUAACUCAACUCUACAAGAUGCCGUGCCACUGGCAUUGAACUAAUAGAUCGUGAUUGUCACGAUCCUCCCAGCCAAUUGUCCAGCAGUCUCCUCAUAGUCUGAAGACAGGGUGUGGAAGGCACAUGUUGAAUUUUGCCGUUUACAAGGCCACUUAGCUUUUGCUUGACCCAAGUAGUUCCCUCCACCCCAUAGGGUCAUCAGUGGAAAACAAGGAUAUUACAAGCUCAUGAAAGGCGCCAUAGAGGCAAGGCUGUGCUUUGGUUUUGACCUCGUAAUGAUGUAGUAACAGCAAUAUCUGCCUAAACUAAUAUGGAGGCCACGUCAUUGGGUAUUUAUAAGGUGCUGAUUGUAAGAGGGACAGGGAUCAUGGGGAUAAGGCAGGGGAAUGGGGUUGCGAGGGAAAGAUAGGUCAGCCACGAUUGAAUGGCGGAGUACACUUGAAGGCCGAAUGGCCUAUUUCUGCUCCUAUCCUGCUCUAUGGUGCCUUUCAUGAGCUUGUGAUAUCUCCGUGCUCCACUGAUGACCCCACACCCUGAGAAUGAAAGUUAGUUCUUGGAAACCAGGUGACAAUCCCAGCCAAGGCUGGGGAGAGUCUACUCCUUGAUACAGCACUGUGGCUUCCUGCGUCUGUAUGGGCAGGAGAGAAAGUGUCAGUGGGUUAAAUUGAUCAUGCACUUUUUCUUCUUUAAAAAAAAAGGUUUUAUAUGCUUACUAAAACUGCAAAAGGCACAGCCAAAUCCCUGGAUAGUCUGUGGUUUAUGAUCUUCCCAACACAGUUGAAUUGUUGGUCCCUAUGAGCUUGCCUUUGAUGCCCACUGCUGUAUCAGCGAGGUAGUUGUGCCCCAGACCAGGCCUUGGCUCUAAAAUCCCAAGGACUGGAUGUCAGGAGAUGGCAUGGGGAGGGGUGGUUGUGGACUUAUCAAUGAAGCCCCCAGCUGGUUGGGGACCGGUGGAGAUAGUGGUUUUGAUGAUCCCUCCUCCAUGAACUUAUAUAAACCCUUGACAAUCUUCAAGAGGGCUGCCUUAUUAUCAGUUCAGACCAAAGAGAUUGGAAAUGUGCUGGCUGGGUCCUGUUGAGCCUCACUACACUGGUGUAAUAAUUUAGUGGAUCGCAAAGAAGCCCACCUGCUGUAUUUGAAUACUGAACAAGGUCAUUGCCACUGGGGGUAGAUUUAAAAGUAAGUGCUUUAGGGCAAUAGCUAGGGCGGGCCGGUGAAGGGAGAACCCCACGAGCAACUUAGUACCCUGGGUAAUUCAAGAGUUUGGUUCAGGGAGGUUUGAACAAACCACUGUGAAUGAAAGUGUAUAGAUUCUGCAAAUGAUGCUUGCUUCCAAAUGAAAAUGGACCACUGAAUGUAUGUCUCUCUGCCUUCAAAGAAAUGCUACAAUAAAUAAUCAAAAAGCAUCUGAGAGAAA